AUGAGUUCAUCUUCAGAUAACAGCUCUUAUAGUAAAAUUCCAAUUUUGAAUACUUUACAUAUCAUUUAUAAAAGGUUUAAAGAUAAUGGAUAUAUAGGUUCGAAAUGUCCAACAUGUAACACGAAAAGGGUAGGAAUAUAUUGGUGUAAGAACUGUAACUCGGAAUAUUUUCGUAAAGAAUUUUCGAAAUGGACUAGCGAGAGUUCAUUUAUGGAUAGUUUUAUACAAAAUUUACAAUUAAGCUCUCAUAAUUCUCACCAAUUCGUUGAAUGGAUACCAUUUAAUCAAUUCAAAGAUAUCAAACUAAUAGCCAAGGGAGGCUAUGGUGUAGUUUCAUCUGCUGUUUGGUUGGAUGGACCUAUUGGAAAUACAAAGUUAUAUCAUAGAUUACUUGGAAAAUACAUAGUACGAGAUGGUCCAACUAUCAUUGCUUUGAAAUCGUUGAAUAACUCUCAGAAUUUGAUCAUGAAAUCCUUACAGGAGGAUAUAUCAUGGGGGCUUGCAUUCCUGCAUCAGGCGGGAUUGAUGCAUUGCGAUUUUCAUAGCGGUAACUUGCUAGUUAGAUCAGAAAGGUCAGGAAGAUCAGAACGUAGUUGGGGAAGCGAUCCUAAAGCUAUUUAUACCAGUAGAUUAUUGAAUUUUCCUAAUUUACGGCAAAACCUUUCAACAUUGCAUCAUAAAAUCAUUGAUGUUCAUAUUAAGGAAGAGGAAAUUAAAGAAGAGGAAGAAGAAUAUAAGACAAGACAAUUAGAAUUAGACAUAAAUAUAGAUGACUUGGAAUAUUGUAAGUAUUAUUAA